GUCUCGGGACGCCGCGCUCGCGGAAGCAAGAUCAAGAGCCUGUACGUGUAUAUACUGUCACAAGCAUAUCAUAUUGUACAGUCAGUAGCGCCGUACACACCAUGGCAGAUUCAAGCAAUACCACCACUCCGUUGCCUGAUCUUCAGACAAUCCUCGCCAAUCUCGCUGCGUACAGCAAUGGCGGAACCCAGGGAGAGUAUGUCAGUCCAGCGCCAGGUGCGGUGACCGUGAAGACUGGCGAAGGAGCGCAUCACAUUCCACGCGACCCGCGCCUCUCACAGCAACCGCCACCAGCAAGGCCCAACAUCGACCCAGCCACCAUCACAGUCUGGCCAGAAGCUCUGCGCUGUGUCAAUAAGCUGUCUGCUCAGAAUGCCGACUUCGCUGCAAGCAUCAGACGUAUGAUCAAGGACAAGAGGACCAACGAGAUGGAUUGGUACAAGGAGAGACAAAACCUCAAGCAGAAGCAGUCCGUGAGACACCUCGAAGUUGCCAAGACCAAUGUUAUCAUGAAGGCCUUGAAUGGCGACUCAUACCAGCAGCCAGCAGAGUCUGAGACACCUGAGGCGAAGAAGGAGAGGGAGCUUUACGAGUAUGAUCUCAAGAUUCAUGCUGCCCAGGAGAAAAUGGACAGAGCCAUGGCACUGGAGCUGAAGAGGCUUGGUGUUCCGUUUUUCGGCACGGACCAAAAACUGAUCGUGCCGGAAACUGGCGACGUCUCGAAAGUGCCAGCUGGAGGUGCCAAGUGGAGUGUGCCUGUUACAGAGGCGCAAUUGUCGGCUCUUCAAAAGCGAAUGACAGACUUUUUGGAGGAUCUUGUGGUCAACUAAACCCCACAAGAGCUGUCUUCUCCGCUCGCAGUGCAUAAUCUGUUCCACUGUAGGCAAAUUCGGUGCGGAAAUAACCCCAUUUGACACCUG